AUGGCAAAGUCCAACCUCUACAUCGAUCUUGAUGAGUCAGAGUGGGCGAUACAUGGUUUUGGCAAAACUAUCAGAGAGAUUAUUGGCUUUAGUUUAAUGACACAAGAUUUUAAAAGUCUGCAAAAGUUAGGCGUAUUCUACACAUAUCAAUUAAUCAACUCGGAAGGUUCAGAAAUGAUUACAUGGAAGCAGAUAAAGGUUUUGAGAAAUAUGCCAAGUAAAGGCAAAAAGGCAAAAUGGUUUCAAAGCUUGGAAAAUAUACUGCUAGCAGACCUACUCAAAAGGGACCUUCAAGAAGAAUGGCAACUCAGCAGCAGUAAUGGUCUAGCAAUGAAGAUUUGGCUGCCUAACCUCUCCUCUGAUAAGAGCAGAGUUGUCAAAAAAUCUAGAAAAGAAAUAUGGGUUGAUAUAAGCACACCAACAAGUUCAGUAAAUGAUCAGGAAAAUAUUAGAAGA